AUCAUGUUGAAUGCAGCUAGAAGCCUCAUCAAGACAAAGAAAGUGCAAGCAAUUCUAGGAGCUCACUCAUGGGAAGAAUCAUCACUGGUUGCCGAUGUUUGCACCCAAGCUCACAUUCCCAUUCUCUCUCUUGCCACCGAUUCAACCCCGGAAUGGGCAACGCUGCGUUGGCCAUUCCUUAUCCGAGCCUCCUCCUCGCCCAAUCAACGCUCACAAAUGAAAGCCGUGGCUGCAAUUGUCCAGUCAUGGGAAUGGCACAGAGUCACUCUGAUAUACGAGGACACGACAAACUCAGCUUCUAAUGGUGUCAUAUCUCAUUUAUCAACUGCCCUACGCGAAGUGGGUGCUGAAAUUGAUCAGCUUAUAGCUCUCCCACCAUUCCCAUUCUCUUCAUUCUCCGAAGAGCUCCAGAGGCUUAAAGGCGAGCAAUGCAGAGUCUUCAUGGUUCAUGUCUCUCUCCCACUGGCAAUCCAUUUCUUUGCCAAAGCAAAGAAAAUGGGAAUGAUGACAAAGGACUAUGUAUGGAUCACCACAGACACAAUCACAAGUCUAAUCUAUUCCCUGGACGCCUCUGCCAUUUCCUCAAUGCAGGGUGUAAUUGGCAUCAAGGCCUACUUCCCUGAAACCGGGCCACCUUUCCAAGAAUUCAGCAAGAAAUUCAAAAAAAAAUUCAGCAUAAACCACCCUGAAGAAAAAAACCACGAACCAGGGAUUUUUGCAGUCCAAGCCUACGAUGCCAUGUGGGCGGUCGCUCUGGCAUUGGGAGAUGCAGGUAAAUCGGAGGGCCAAGAAAUCAUACAAAAAAUUUCAUCAACUGAUUUCAAUGGCUUGACUGGUAAAAUUCAAUUCAAUGGAAGGAAAUUAGCUCCAUCGCAGACAUUCCAGAUUGUCAAUGUGAUUGGAAAGAGUUACAGAGAACUCGGGUUUUGGACAGAAGGAAGAGGCUUCUCAGAGGCAAUCGAUCAAACAGUUUUUUACAAUUCAUCAAUGCAGGUUUUGGGGCAAGUGUUUUGGCCUGGGGGACCUUGGUAUACUCCAAAAGGAUGGACUGUUUCCACAGAGAUCGAACGGCUGAGAAUUGGCGUGCCCACCGGAUCAACGUUCAAACAGUUUGUAAAUGUGGAGUACGAUGAUCGGACAAAACAAUUUUCAUUUACUGGAUUUUCAAUUGAAGUCUUCAAAGCAACAAUAGAACUCUUGCCAUAUGCUUUUCCAUAUGAAUUUGUACCAUUUGAUGGUCCCUAUGAUGAUUUGGUGAAGCAAGUUCACUUGAAGAAUUUCAGUGGAGUAGUUGGUGAUGUAAAAAUAAUAGCAAGGAGAUAUCAGUAUGCAGAAUUCACAGAGCCAUACACAGAAUCAGGACUGGUGAUGAUAGUCCCAGUUCAAUCACAAACAAACAGAGCUUUGUUAUUCAUGAAACCAUUCACAACAGACAUGUGGAUUCUAAUAAUGGCUAUCAAUAUAUACAAUGGCUUUGUUGUGUGGUUAAUAGAGAGAAAUCACUGCCCUGAACUUCAAGGCUCUGUCAUGGAUCAAAUUGGGACCUUGCUUUGGUUAGCCUUCACCACACUCUUCUCUUUGCAUGGGGAAAAACUUCAUAGCAAUUUGUCAAGAAUGGCAAUGGUGGUGUGGCUCUUUGUGGCACUAGUCAUCACCCAAAGUUACACUGCCAGCCUCACCAGCAUGCUCACCGUGCAGCAGCUUCAGCCCGCGACAAGAAACAUUGAAACCUUGAAGAAUAGCAACGCAAAG